AUUGGAACAUACGUCUUCUUUGCAUUUCCUUCUUCGUUUAGCUUUAAUUUCCCAGUUUUUUUGAGAUUAUCAUAAAGGAGAUUUAGCAUACAAAAGAACAAUUUUGUUGAUCUUAGUUGCCUACUGAAUUUUCACUUUUUUGAAACUGAAAAGAUUGCUAAAAUUUGUGUGAUGGUAAUUUUGCCAACCGGAGAAGAAGCUGUAUGAUGGCAACAGCCGCUGUUAUCGGACUUACCACUGGCAAGAGGCUAUUGAGUUCAUUUUCGUAUUCUGAUAUCUCUGAGAAGUUCUCAUACGCCGGUGAUUAUGGUGGAUCUCCAUUUUAUCCCACUGCUCCCACAAAAAGUAUUAUAGUUGCAAAGAAGUCGUCUAAUUGUAGCCAAAGCCUUCCUUCAUCCGAUCGGCGUAGUCGGUCGAUUAAAGCUCUUAAAGAGCAUGUGGAAACCACCUCCAUUGUUUCAACUUCGGAGCCGUGGUUCGAGGUAUCCGAUGACUUCGAAGAAGGAAGCUAUGAUCUUGACUACUCUGUGGAGGCUCUUCUUUUGCUUCAGAAGUCUAUGCUCGAAAAGCAAUGUACUCUUUCGUUCGAGAGGACUGAAUCACCGAGUAGAAAAGCUUAUGAGAAAGUACUUGUUACUUGUUCCGGGGUGUCAGCUCGGCAACGGAGAUUCAAUACUAGGAGGAAAAUUCUGAGCCAAAAUAAAUCAAUGAUGCAACCUAAUGCUAAGGAGCUAAGAUCAUUAAUCAGUCCGGAGCUGCUUCGAAGCCGUUUGAAGGGUUAUGUGAAAGGUGUAGUAAGUGAAGAGUUGCUCAGCCAUGCCGAAGUUGUUCGAUUGUCGAAGAAAAUCCAAGCUGGACUUUCCUUGGAGGAUCAGAGAUUAAGAUUGAAGGAGAGGCUCGGGUGUGAGCCGUCUGAUGAACAGCUGGCAACAUCCUUGAACAUUUCCCGCGCCGAGUUACGUUCAAUAUUAAUUGAAUGUUCAUUUGCAAGAGACAAACUGGCAAUGAGCAAUGUUCGUUUGGUUAUGUCCAUAGCUCAAAGAUACGAUAACAUGGGUGCUGAAAUGCCUGACCUUAUUCAGGGUGGUUUGAUUGGACUAUUGCGUGGCAUUGAAAAAUUCGAUUCGUCAAAGGGAUAUAAAAUUUCAACUUACGUUUACUGGUGGAUACGUCAGGGUGUAUCAAGAGCAUUAGUUGAGAGCUCCAGAACAUUAAGGUUGCCUACACAUAUGCAUGAACGACUGGGAUUAAUCCGAAAUGCAAAAUCUAGACUCCAAGAGAAAGGAAUAGCGCCGACUAUCGACAGGAUUUCCAAGAGUCUGAACAUGUCCCAGAAGAAAGUUCGGAAUGCUACCGAGGCAGUCAAUAAGGUGUUCUCACUCGACCGCGAUGCAUUCCCGUCUUUGAACGGUCUUCCAGGAGAGACUCAUCAUAGUUACAUUGCAGAUAACCAUGAAGAAAACAAUCCAUGGCAUGGAGUAGAUGAAUGGACACUCAAGGAUGAAGUGAAGAGGCUCAUCGAUAUGACGCUCGGAGAACGAGAGAGGGAGAUUAUACGACUUUAUCAUGGUCUCGGUAAAGAGAGUCUUACAUGGGAGGACAUCAGUAAACGCGUCGGUUUGUCAAGAGAGAGAGUGCGGCAAAUCGGACUCGUAGCGCUGGAGAAACUAAAAAACACGGCGAGGAAGAACGAAAUGGAGGCAAUGUUAUUGAAACAGUGAUUUUGAAUGGUUCAUAGACAUGGUAAAGACGAGUGAAUAUUUAUUUAUAUGUAUUAUGCACAGCAAAAGUAACCAGAGUCUAACCAACUGACUGAGA